AUGGAAAACCCAAGCCUGGCCUCCACCCUGGGCAGGGCUCUCUGGACUCUCCUCCUGGCCACACUCAGCUCCACCACCGGCCAGUCUUUUGGGGGAGAGUCCGUCUGCAUGGCCAGACCCCUGGCCAAAUACAGCAUAACCUUCACGGGCAAGUGGAGCCAGACGGCCUUCCCCAAGCAGUAUCCGCUGUUCCGGCCCCCUGCGCAGUGGUCUUCGCUGCUGGGGGCUGCUCACAGCUCUGACUACAGCAUGUGGAGGAAGAACGAGUAUGUCAGCAAUGGGCUGCGGGACUUUGCAGAGCGAGGGGAGGCCUGGGCCCUGAUGAGGGAGAUCGAGGCCGCUGGGGAGAAGCUCCAGAGCGUGCAUGGAGUGUUCUCGGCCCCCGCUGUCCCCAGUGGCACCGGGCAGACCUCCACAGAGCUGGAGGUCCACUCCAGACACUCGCUGGUGUCCUUCGUGGUGCGCAUAGUCCCCAGCCCUGACUGGUUUGUGGGCAUCGACAGUCUGGACCUGUGCGAGGGAGGCCGCUGGAAGGAGCAGGUGGCCAUGGACCUUUACCCACAUGACGCCGGGACAGACAGCGGCUUCACCUUCUCCUCCCCCAACUUUGCAACCAUCCCACAGGACACAGUAACUGAGAUAACGUCCUCCUCGCCCAGUCACCCGGCGAACUCCUUCUAUUACCCAAGGCUGAAGUCCCUGCCUCCCAUCGCCAGGGUGACCCUGGUGCGGCUCCGGCAGGGCCCCAGGGCCUUCAUCCCCCCCGCCCCAGGCCUGGCCAGCAGGGACAACGAGAUUGUUGACAGCCUCUCAGGUCCAGAGACGCCGCUGGACUGCGAGGUCUCCCUGUGGUCGUCCUGGGGGCUAUGCGCAGGCCCCUGCGGGAAGCUGGGAGCCAAGACCAGAACUCGCUAUGUCCGCGUGCAGCCUGCCAACAACGGGAACCCCUGCCCCGAGCUCGAAGAAGAGGCUGAGUGUGUCCCUGAUAACUGUGUCUAAGACCAGAGCCCUGCCAC